AUGACAGCCAUCAACCGCUUAGCGCCGCUCCUCAGAGCACCAGCCCGCGGCUCGUUCCGCUCAAUCACCACAUCUCGCGUUCUCUUCAACGCAAAGUCAGGCGAGGCGGAGGGAUCCCCCGACUUCAGCCCUCCAGUAGAGAUCACCGAGUCGCAUCGCCGGGAUGUGAGAUCCAAGGACGGUCCUGUCUCUGACGCCCCUCAGAAUACAUUCCGCCGUCAAGUUAAUCGAACACGGUACACCAAACCCUCCUCCCCCAAUCGAAACCCCAAAGCCGAUCAGGCAGACGAGCAGACUACCGACUUUUUCGACUCACCAGAAGGCGCGUCGUCGGUGUCGAGCAAACGAACCGGUCCCAAGUCGGGCUUGGGGGAGCUAGAGGCGAUCUCGAUGGAUAUUCUGUCGUCGGCGGAGAUUAGCGAGUUUGCGAAUAGGAAAAAGGGCAGCGGGAAGGGGGGUGCUGGGCAGAGACAAGCGCAAGGACAGGGACAGGGGCAAGGGCAGGGGCAGCGACAGCGGAUCUAUCCGGGCCAAGGGCAGGGCCAGGGACAAAGAGGAGGAAGGCGAGAUUCCCGUUCACCAACCGCUGGUUCCGCGUCACUUGGCGGACCAGGCCGAGGUGGACCUGGUGGACAGCGCAGUGGACCAGGUGGGGCAGGCGGUGCAAGGGAUAGGGGACCACCGCGAGACAGAGAUAGAGAUGGCGAUCGGGAGGGCAAGUCCUCGGCGCCCGUUCCUCGGGGACCUAAUCAACACGCAUCGGUGGUGUACGAUACCUCCCCCUCGGCGCUUUUUGGUCUGGGAAGCCUCAUCAGUCCGGCGAGGCGGGGAGCGAGGGACGCGGCGGGGGCGUUCUGGGCGACCGAUAUGGCGGCGGGUGAUGCGCGAAAAGCAGAUCUCAUGCGCCUCGCGGGGUCAUAUGACCUCCGACUACCCAGCUCGUCCCACCCCUCAGAACUCAAGGACAAGGCGACACCGGUAGAGCGUGCAAAGGCGAAUGCGAGGUGGGCGAUGGCGUUGAACCCGACUGUGCCGAUGCGGGUGAGGGAUCCGGGAGUGGAGGUUGUAGAUCGGUUGCUCAGGUGA